AUGUUGAAAAAGUGGGAUAUUGUUGAUAUAGUAUUAGAACCAGUGUUGCAUACUCCUCCUGAGAACAAGCUCAAAGAAUUGCCAGCACACCUAGAGUACGCAUUUUUAAAGGAAGAUUAUCGGAUGUCAGUCAUCAUAUCUUGCAUACUUGAGGCAAGCCAAAAGAAGAAAUUGGUAGAUAUGUUAUCGGGGCAUAAGUACUACUGUUUCUUUGAUGCGAUGUUUGGAUACCUUCAGAUUCUAGUUGACCCUGAGGAUCAGGAAAAGACAACUUUCACAUGCCCAUACGACUUUAUGGACGUGUUCAUGGAUGACUUCUCGGUUUUGGAAGAAUCAUUUGAGGGGUGUAUGAAAAAUCUAAUGCGGAUCCUUUCAAGAUGUGGGGAGACAAAUUUGGUACUGAAUUGGGAGAAGUGUCAUUUCAUGGUAAAAGAAGGGAUUGAACUCGACAAGGCUAAGUUAGACACAAUUGAGAAGCUCCCUCCCAUCUAG